GCCGCUGAGCUCUUACUCUCACCAUCCCAACUCAAUGCCAUCAUUUCCACCACCUUUUUUCUCUCUCUUUUCCUUUUUAGUUCAGAUUCAGCAGAAUUUUAAUUAACAGAACCAAAAUUACUCCUCCUCCACUGAUUCAAGUUUGAGACGGGUUUUUUUUUUUUUUUUUUUUUUUUGGUUUCCAAAAAAGUGAGAAAUGAAAUCCAUACGUUUUCCAAAACUUCUGUAAAUUUCAGUUAAAAACGAAAAAAACUUCUGUAAAUUUGGUUAGAAAGCAAAUUUUUUGUUUUUUGGGUUUUUGAGGGAUCAUUUUAGCGCCAAAAUAGUUCUCCAUGGCUUCCGCUCUUGCUGGAGACGAUCUCGCGAGAUCGAUGGGCAGUAGGGGGAGUUGGUCGUCGACUAGCCACCGGAGCUGGGCGGCGGCGAGCUUCAGGGAGGCCUGGCAAGGACAACAACCGGAAGUGUUCAACAGAAGUGGCAGGCAGCAGGACGACGAGGAAGAGCUCCAGUGGGCUGCCAUCGAACGGCUACCGACCUUUGAUCGGUUGAGGAAGGGGAUGCUCAGGCAGGUGCUCGACAAUGGGAUAGUCGUUAACAACGAAGUCGAUGUCACGAAGCUUGGACUGCAAGAUAAGAAGAUGUUGAUGGACAGUAUAUUGAAGGUGGCUGAGGACGAUAACGAAAAAUUUCUCCAGAAAUUAAGAGACAGAACUGAUAGGGUGGGGAUUGAGAUUCCGAAGAUCGAAGUCCGAUACGAGCAUUUAUCAGUGGAGGGAGAUGUGUAUGUAGGGAGCAGAGCUCUUCCUACUGUGCUUAACGUUACCUUGAACACCAUAGAGAGUAUUCUGGGAUUAUUUCGGCUUGUACCGUCCAGGAAGAGAAAGAUUCAGAUACUUAAAGAUGUCAGUGGAAUAAUCAAACCUUCAAGGAUGACCCUACUGCUUGGUCCUCCAGGUGCAGGGAAAACAACAGUAUUGCUGGCGCUUGCUGGAAAGCUUGAUCGUAAUCUAAAGGAGUCUGGGAGAGUCACAUAUUGUGGUCAUGAAUUGACUGAGUUUGUUCCUCGAAGGACCUGUGCUUAUAUUAGUCAGCACGAUCUUCACUAUGGUGAAAUGACAGUGAGGGAGACACUGGAUUUCUCAGGACGCUGUUUAGGUGUUGGCACCAGAUAUGAGUUGUUGGCAGAACUGUCAAGACGAGAGAAAGAAGCAGGUAUUAAGCCAGAUCCUGAAAUUGAUGCCUUCAUGAAGGCCAUAUCAAUGGCGGGCCAAGAAACUAGUUUGGUCACGGAUUACGUUCUUAAGAUACUUGGAUUGGACAUUUGUUCUGAUAUUAUGGUUGGAGAUGCAAUGCGAAGGGGAAUUUCUGGUGGACAAAAGAAGCGUGUGACUACAGGAGAGAUGUUGGUUGGACCAGCAAAGGUUUUUUUUAUGGAUGAAAUAUCAACAGGGUUGGACAGUUCUACCACUUUCCAGAUUUGUAGAUUUAUGAGGCAAAUGGUUCAUAUCAUGGAUAUAACCAUGGUCAUAUCACUAUUACAGCCAGCACCAGAGACAUUUAAUCUUUUUGAUGAUGUUAUCCUACUUUCAGAAGGUCAAACUGUCUACCAUGGUCCACGUGAAAAUGCCCUUGAGUUCUUUGAAUACAUGGGUUUCAAAUGCCCAGAAAGGAAGGGAGUCGCUGACUUUCUGCAAGAAGUAACUUCAAAGAAGGACCAAGAACAAUACUGGUUCAGGAAGAACCAAACUUAUAGAUAUAUUUCAGUUCCUGAAUUCGUGCAGGGCUUCUACUCUUUCCACAUUGGCCAACAACUUGCAGCAGAUCUUAGCAUUCCUUAUGAUAAAUCCCAAACACACCCUGCUGCAUUAGUCACAGAAAAAUAUGGCAUUUCUAAUUGGGAAUUGUUCAAGGCAUGCUUUUCAAGGGAGUGGCUAUUAAUGAAGCGCAACUCUUUUGUAUACAUAUUCAAGACAACCCAGAUAACAAUCAUGUCAAUUUUUGCCUUCACUGUGUUCUUGAGAACAGAAAUGCCGGUGGGCACAAUAGCAGAUGGGCAGAAGUUUUAUGGAGCUCUCUUUUUCUGUCUGAUCAAUGUCAUGUUUAAUGGGAUGGCAGAACUGGCAAUGACUGUUUUCAGGCUUCCUGUCUUCUAUAAACAGAGGGAUUUCUUGUUCUAUCCUGCUUGGGCUUUUGCCUUACCUAUAUGGAUUCUCAGGAUCCCAUUGUCACUUAUGGAAUCAGCAAUAUGGAUUGUCCUUACAUACUACACUAUUGGCUUUGCUCCAGCUGCUAGCAGGUUCUUCCGACAGUUUUUGGCCUUCUUUGGUAUACAUCAGAUGGCUUUGUCACUCUUUCGGUUCAUUGCUGCUGUGGGAAGAACAGAAGUUGUUGCAAACACACUGGGUACCUUCACGUUGCUACUUGUUUUCACACUUGGAGGUUUCAUUAUCGCCAGAAAUGACCUUGAGCCAUGGAUGAAAUGGGGAUACUAUGUUUCUCCUAUGAUGUAUGGACAGAAUGCUUUAGUCAUGAAUGAAUUUCUUGAUAAAAGAUGGAGUGCGAAAAAUACAGACCCCAGAUUUACUGCACCUACUGUAGGAAAAGUUCUUCUUGAGGCCAGAGGCUUUUUUACACAAGAGUACUGGUUUUGGAUCUGUGUUGGAGCACUAUUUGCGUUUUCUCUUCUCUUCAACAUUUUAUUUAUUGUAGCAUUGAGUUUCUUGAAACCUCUGGGCAAUUCCAAAGCAUUUGUUGUGGAUGAAGAUGCUAACAAGAAUAAGAAGUCAUCUUCUGGACAAAAUACAACGGAAGGUAUUGACUUGCCAGUGAGAAGAUCCUCAGAAAUUGUUGAUACUACCGAUCAGGGAUCUAGAAGGGGAAUGAUUUUACCCUUCCAACCCCUUUCACUUGUAUUCAACCAUAUGAACUACUUUGUGGAUAUGCCUGCUGAAAUGAAGACUCAUGGUGUUGAAGAAGACCGUCUUCAGCUGCUACGAGAUGUCAGUGGUGCUUUCAGACCAGGGAUAUUGACAGCACUAGUGGGUGUCAGUGGUGCUGGGAAGACAACCCUGAUGGAUGUUUUGGCAGGAAGGAAAACAGGUGGUUACAUCGAAGGAAGUAUUAUCAUCGCUGGUUACCCAAAGAACCAGGCUACAUUUGCUCGUGUGAGUGGGUACUGUGAACAGAAUGACAUUCAUUCACCACAUGUCACUGUUUAUGAAUCUCUACUAUACUCGGCAUGGCUCCGUCUUUCUUCAGACAUAGACUCCAAGACACGAAAGAUGUUCGUUGAAGAAGUUAUGGAGUUGGUUGAGCUCAACCCAAUAAGAAAUGCUCUAGUUGGCCUUCCAGGAGUAAAUGGUCUUUCCACAGAACAGAGGAAGAGGUUGACAAUAGCUGUAGAGUUGGUUGCUAACCCCUCAAUCAUCUUUAUGGAUGAGCCAACAUCUGGCCUAGAUGCCAGAGCUGCUGCCAUUGUCAUGCGUACAGUGAGAAAUACCGUGGAUACAGGGAGAACUGUUGUGUGCACAAUUCACCAGCCAAGCAUAGAUAUCUUUGAAGCUUUUGAUGAGUUGCUUUUGAUGAAAAGAGGAGGACAAGUCAUUUAUGCUGGACCUCUUGGUCGCCAAUCUCACAAACUCAUAGAAUAUUUUGAGGCCAUUGCAGAGGUUCCAAAGAUCAAGGAGGGAUAUAAUCCAGCAACGUGGAUGCUCGAGGUCAGUGCUCCUGCAGUUGAGGCUCAACUGAAUAUAGAUUUUGCAGAACUUUAUGCCAAUUCCUCGCUUUAUCAGAGGAACCAGGAACUUAUCAAAGAGCUCAGUGCUCCAGCUCCAGGAUCCAAGGACCUCUACUUCCCUACCAAAUAUUCUCAACCAUUCCUUACACAGUGCAUGGCUUGUUUCUGGAAACAACAUUGGUCUUACUGGAGGAACCCUCAGUAUAGUGCUGUGCGGCUCUUCAUUACAAUAGUUAUUGGCAUCUUGUUUGGUCUAAUCUUCUGGGAUAAAGGGCAAAAGACAACAAAGCAACAAGAUUUGAUGAAUCUUUUUGGAGCAAUGUAUUGUGCUGUGCUUUUCCUUGGAGCCACCAAUGCUUCUGCCGUUCAACCUGUAGUUUCAAUAGAGAGAACAGUCUUCUACCGUGAAAGAGCAGCUGGGAUGUAUUCUGCACUGCCUUAUGCGUUUGCUCAGGUUGCCAUAGAGACCAUCUAUAUUGCAAUUCAAACUGUCAUUUAUGUUCUGCUUCUGUACUCUAUGAUCGGGUUUGAGUGGAAGCUGGCGAAGUUCUUAUGGUUCUACUACUUUAUUUUUAUGUCCUUCAGUUACUUCACAUUGUACGGGAUGAUGGUUGUUGCAUUGACUCCUGGUCACCAAAUUGCCGCCAUUGUUAUGUCCUUCUUCCUUAGCUUCUGGAACUUGUUCUCGGGUUUUCUCAUCCCUAGGAUCCAACUCCCAAUAUGGUGGAGGUGGUAUUAUUGGGCAGAUCCCGUUGCGUGGACACUCUAUGGCCUUAUAACCUCUCAAGUGGGUGACAAAAACUCCCUUGUCGAGAUACCUGGAGCUGGUAGUAUACCUCUAAAGCCAUUACUUAAGGCAAGCUUGGGAUUCAAGUAUGAUUUUCUCCCUGCUGUUGCCAUAGCUCAUGUUGGCUUCUGUCUGCUCUUCCUCUUUGUCUUUGCAUAUGGCAUCAAGUACCUCAACUUCCAAAGGAGAUAGAUAACCAGCGUUCUCUCGAAAAGAGUUUAGUUUCAGGAUUAUCCAUAACAUUAUUUGGAAAAAUACAUGCAAGUAGAGUAGAGUUUUGUUCUUGGAUUGUGUUAAUAUUCUUUUGUUUGGUUUUUCAAUAAGAGCCAUAAAUUGGGCCGCUGUACCACAGGAAAGAAAGAUUUCCUCUCUUUUUUUUUUUUUUCUUUUUUGGAACAAACAUUAAAGUUUGUC